AUGAGGAAUGUAUCUGGUACUCACAAAAUUGUAUACUGCGAGUAUGGGAUGGUACAUGUACUCUCAGAGAAAGGGAGCAGCAAAGGAAAAGACUACUGUAUCCUCUUCAACUCUCAGUGGGCCCAUUUACCACAUGAUCUGGGUAAAGCUUCACUCUUGCAACUGCAGGAUCAGACAGCUUCUGUUUUGUGCUCUCCUUCUGAUGUACCUGAUGGGGGAUUUAAUAAUCAGAUCCCUAUGGUGAUGAGAGGGAACUGCACCUUCUAUGAGAAAGUGAGGCUUGCUCAGAUAAAUGGAGCUCGUGGGCUGCUGAUUGUUAGUAGAGAGAGACUGGUACCUCCUGGGGGUAACAGGAGUCAAUAUGAAGAGAUUGAUAUUCCUGUGGCUCUGCUCAGCUAUACUGAUAUGUUAGAUAUUGGCAAGAGUUUUGGCAGCUCAGUGAAAGGGGCAAUGUAUGCACCAAAUGAGCCUGUGCUGGACUAUAACAUGGUGAUUAUAUUUGUCAUGGCUGUGGGGACUGUUGCAAUUGGAGGCUACUGGGCAGGGAGCAGAGAUGUGAAAAAACGGUACAUGAAGCAUAAACGUGAUGAUGGGGCAGAGAAACAUGAUGAUGAAACAGUUGAUGUGACUCCAAUCAUGAUCUGUGUAUUUGUAGUGAUGUGCUGCUCAAUGCUGGUCCUCCUUUAUUUCUUCUAUGACCACUUAGUCUAUGUUAUCAUAGGAAUCUUCUGCCUGGCUGCCUCGAUUGGACUUUACAGUUGUUUGUCUCCCUUUGUAAGAAGAUUCCCCUUGGGAAAAUGUAGAAUCCCAGACAACAACUUGCCUUAUUUUCACAAGCGUCCGCAGGUCCGGAUGUUGCUGUUGGCAAUAUUUUGUAUCUCUGUCAGUGCAAUCUGGGGAGUCUUCAGAAAUGAAGAUCAGUGGGCCUGGGUUCUGCAAGAUGCUUUAGGAAUCGCUUUUUGUCUCUACAUGUUGAAAACAAUUCGCCUGCCUACAUUUAAGGGUUGUACGUUGCUCCUCCUGGUUCUUUUUGUGUAUGAUGUGUUCUUUGUAUUUAUCACACCUUUUCUAACAAAGACUGGGGAGAGUAUAAUGGUGGAGGUGGCUGCAGGCCCAUCUGAUUCUGCCACUCAUGAAAAGCUCCCAAUGGUCCUGAAAGUGCCACGGCUGAACUCCUCACCACUGGCUCUGUGUGACAGGCCUUUUUCUCUGCUAGGAUUUGGAGACAUUUUAGUUCCAGGCUUGCUGGUGGCCUAUUGCCACAGAUUUGAUAUUCAGGUGCAGUCCUCCAGAGUCUAUUUUGUAGCCUGCACUAUAGCCUAUGGCAUAGGCCUUCUUGUGACCUUUGUUGCCUUGGCACUGAUGCAGAUGGGCCAGCCUGCUCUCCUCUACCUGGUACCCUGUACUCUUCUCACCAGCUUUGCUGUGGCUCUUUGGAGAAAGGAGCUCACAAUGUUCUGGACGGGCAGCGGCUUUGCGAAAGACCUACCUCAGCCUCCCUUGGUGAUAGCUCCUGUCAACAGCCCUGAGCUUCCCAAAGAUAGCAAUGUACCAGCCUCCCAGCAAGACACAGAGCAAACGACCAGUCCCACCCUCCACGUGAAGGAGCUGCAUGGCCCUAACUCAGCUGCAGAGGAGCUGGCUGAUACUGACACAAAGACGGACCAGGCAGAAAUCUCUGUUGCGCAGAGUGAGGAACCAGUUGGUCAGAAUAAAGACGACCCUGAAAGCAAACGCUUACAUGCAGAGCAAAAACAGCUGGAAUGA